GGGGAGGUAGGGGAGAGCUGUGGUCAAACCCACCACGACCUAAACAGCUCCAGGAGGGAGGAGAGCCGCAGCCCGCAGCAGCAGCGUCGCAGCCCCGCUUUCAGCGUGCAUGGGCUAGUCGGUUAGCUAGCUUAGCAUCGCCCUCUCCUGCCGCCGAGUACCCUGGGUUGUUAUCUCCGCGUUUUCCUCUUUGCACCCCCCGCCCGUUCCUGCCUAACCCCCUGCCCGGCUGCAAGAUGAUGAAGUUCAGGUUUCGUCGGCAGGGCACCGACCCGCAGAGAGAGAAGAUUAAACAGGAGCUUUUUGCCUUCAACAAGACUGUGGAGCAUGGGUUUCCCCAUCAGCCCAGCGCUUUGGCCUUUGACCCCAAGCUGCAAAUUAUGGCCAUUGGCACCAAGUCGGGAGCCAUCAAAGUUUAUGGGGCCCCUGGGGUGGAGUUCACAGGACUGCACAAAGACACCACUGCAGUUACACAGAUCCAUUUCCUACCUGGACAGGGCCGUCUCCUGUCGCUGCUCGAUGACAACACGAUUCACCUGUGGGAGCUGGUGGCAGGGGCCCCCAGAGAAGUGGGAGGGGUUAAAAAAGAGGGAGUAGUCUCCCUCCAGGAAGUGGGCAACUAUAGCCUCCCAGGAAGACCUGGCAUUGAGAGCUGCAGUGCCACUCGGGUGACUGUCCUCCUCCUGCUGAGGUCAUGUGACCUGCUCUGCAUUGGAACAGAGGGAGGGGGCGUGUACUUCCUGCAGUUACCCCACCUGUCUCUGAAAGACAACCAGACGCUGCUCCAGGAUCAGGUCACACAGAGCCUGCCAGAUGACUACAGAUGUGGGAAGUCUUUAGGGCCAGUGGAAUCUCUUCAGGAACAUCCUCAGCAGUCAGGGAAGAUUCUGAUUGGCUACAGCCGAGGCCUAGUCGUCCUAUGGGAUCUGAGCAUUCGUCAUGUGGACCAGCUCUUCCUGGGCAAACAGCAGCUGGAGAGCCUGGUGUGGGAACGCUCUGGAAACUUGUUUGUCAGUUCCCAUAACGACGGAGGCUACUCCGUGUGGCCUGUUACCAGCAGCAACACCUACAAUCACCAGCCAGUGUCCUCCACCAUCCCAUAUGGUCCAUUUCCCUGCAAGGCCAUCAGCAAGAUGCUGUGGAGGACAACACAGACAGGGUCUCCGGUGCUAUUAUACAGUGGAGGGAUGCCCAGAGCCAGCUACGGUGACCGCCACUGCCUGACCAUUCAGCAGGACAAGGACCAUGUCACUCUCGACUUCACAUCACGAGUCAUUGACUUCUUCACUGUCCACAACACAGAGCAAGAGAAAGAGUUUGAUGACCCGUCAGCGUUGGUAGUGUUACUAGAGGAGGAGCUGGUUGUAAUCGACCUCCAGACCCCCGGGUGGCCCUCUCUGCCCACUCCCUACCUGGCUCCUCUCCACUCCUCAGCCAUCACCUGCUCCUGCCACAUCUCCAGCGUCCCUCCUAAACUGUGGGAGAGGCUGGUCAACGCCGGCAAAGCACAGCAGGGCCGGCAACACACACACAGGAGUUGGCCCAUAUGUGGAGGGAAAAACCUGGCGCCUCCACCCAAACAACAAGAGCUGCUGCUGACAGGACAUGAGGACGGCACUGUUCGUUUCUGGGAUGCAUCAGGCGUUGCUCUUACACCGCUGUACAAACUCAGCACAGCAAAUGUCUUCCACACCGACUGUGACCCCUGCGACGACCCUCAAGACCCCAGCAACGACCCCGACAUGCAGCAGGAGGAGGAAUGGCCUCCCUUCAGAAAGGUGGGCUGCUUCGACCCGUACAGCGAUGACCCCAGGCUGGGCAUCCAGAAGAUCAGUCUGUGCAAAUACAGCAACAAACUGGUGGUGGCUGGAACUGCUGGACAGGUGAUAGUGUUGGGUCUGAGUGACGAGCGUUCGGACCACUUGGUGGACGUCUCGGUGGUUGAUCUGCUGCAGGACAGGGAGGGCUUCACCUGGAAGGGACACGACAGACUGGAGCCACGUCUCAAACCCGCCCCCUUCCCCCCGGGCUUCCAGCCGCUGGUGCUGGUGCAGUGCCUGCCCCCGGCCUCUGUUACGGCGGUGGCGCUGCAUGCAGAGUGGAACCUGAUCGCCUUUGGGACAAGUCAUGGAUUUGGCCUGUUUGACUACCACCGACGAAACGCUGUGCUGGCCAGGUGUACCCUUCACCCUAAUGACUCCUUGGCGAUGGAGGGCCCCCUGUCCAGAGUCAAGUCCUUGAAAAAGUCCUUACGGCAGAGCUUCAGACGCAUCCGCAAGAGCAGGGUGUCGGGGAAGAAACGCACCAUCACCACACCCACCAGCAAGGUCCAAGAGGCUAAUGCUGCUUUAGCAGAGCAGGAGGAAGUUGCUCCGGUGCAGCGAAGGAUUGAACCCCGAUCAGCAGACGACUCGCUGUCUGGAGUGGUCCGAUGUCUUUGCUUCGCUGACACCUUCCUGCGUGAUGGUACACACCAUGGUCCCACACUAUGGGCAGGAACCAACUCAGGCAGCGUGUACGCCUACGCUCUGGAGGUACCUGGCGUGGGCUCGGGACGUGUGUGUGAGCGGGGCGGAGCAAGUGAGAGCAGUGUGUGCGUGGAGGCGGUGUUGGGUAAAGAGAUUCAGCUGAUGCACAGGGCCCCUGUGGUGUCAAUCUGUGUGUUGGACGGGCGGGGGAAACCAUUACCGGACCCAUAUGAAGCCUCCCAGGACCUUGCCAUCGCACCAGAUAUGACCAAUGCUCACUCUGUCCUUAUUGCAUCAGAGGAACAGCUCAAGGUGUUCUCUCUCCCCAAGGUGAGCGCCAAGACCAAGUUCAAGCUGACGGCGCAUGAAGGCUGUCGGGUGAGGAAGGUGGCCCUGGUGGUUUUCAGCUCCACAGCUCAGGAAGACUACAGUGAACACACACUGGUGUGUCUGACCAACCUGGGAGACAUGCAUCUCUUUAACAUACCGGGCCUCCGACCACAGGUGCGCUACGACUGCAUCCGCAAAGAAGACAUCAGCGGCAUUGCAUCCUGUGUCUUCACUAAGAAUGGACAGGGUUUUUACCUGAUCUCUCCCUCAGAGUACGAGAGGUUCUCACUGUCUGCCAAGGUCCUCACUGAGCCACUUUUCUCUAUUCAGCUUGACCGACCACUAGAGCCCACACCUGCCAGCGAUGGUACGACAACGCAGCCGCAGGCCAAUGGAACCCACAAGAACCAGAUGGGUCAGGCUGAGGGGCAAACAGAACAGCCUCCGAGCUCCUUGUCUUCCCCUGUCCUGGACACCCCGCUGGACUCCCCACUCAGCUGCGCUGACCUCACCCUCGAUUCCACCGGAGAACUCACGGUGGAGGACGUCAGGGAUUUUCUAACCACUGUGGACGAAGCAGAAAAUAACCUAAAGAACAUUAAAGAGGAGGAGGGACGCUCGACGGGCAUCCUCAUCAACUGAGCAGUAUUACAGGGAGGGGGCUCGAGUGGUUUGGAUGGAUCGGAUUUCAGUGCUGCACCACAAACAUCUCCCAUCAGCCCACUGCAGAGCCCCCAGCCAGCACUCUGCACUCUCCUGUUAGCAUGGCACAAACUGGGAGGAAAGCCUCACUAUGGACAAAGAAUACAAUGUUGAAGACUCUUGUUGUGGCUUCUUCUACUGGAGGAAGUGACUCAUUUUUUUCUUCUUCUGUAACCACUUUGGAAAUAAGACAUCACCUCCCGCAUGGACGCACAGAAAGUCCAACUGAGGAUAGCCUGGUUCUGGAUGGACUGAUGUUUCUGAUUUUAAGAACUUGAGGCUGAAAUUUCCGUCGUUCAUCUCGACUCUCCGUGCGAUCAUUCCCUCCUCGGCCUUUUCCCUGGCGAAUUGAUGGUCCCAGGGCAUUCCCCACUUGGUGGAGGUGGUCAUGCUUAAUGACUGUGGCUCGGCCUUCGAGGAAAGGGCUGUUAAACUCUGCGUAGGAGACUUAAUGGUGAUGUUUCUAUGUUUUUAUUUUUCUAUUCACAGUUUUGUGGCGUGGAUGGAUAGGUCUGAGUUCCCCACCCCACAGCUGGAACUGGAAUUGGUGCUCGGUCGCCAAAUGUGCUUGUCGAUUCCUUGUGCGCAGUAGUGGAUGUGAUGGAUUGUUCUGCACGCUGCUUAACAACACCACAGCCCUGUGAAUGACCCCGUGGAUGAACUGAAAGAGUUUACUACCAGUGUAGUGUUUGAAGAAGAUCAAGGCUAGCAAAUGAAGUAUUUUGAAUAUUUGAGUAUUGAAAGUUGUAGCAUUUCUACCCCCCAACCCCCUCCCACGCCCCCCACCCCUCCCUCCAAGAUGCCACUAAGGGCAGUUGAAUUGCCUCACUCUGUGUCAUGUGUGGGCGGAGAUGGUGCAUAAAUCAGCUCAGAGUUGUUGCACACAAGCACAUUUUCACUGAGGUUCUAACAAGCUGUCUACUCUCUUGGUAUUGAAGGGAAAAAAAAACAAACACAUACUGAGAUACUGAAGGUGUUUUCUAUUGCAAAGCUUGACGCUCUGUUAAUGUUUUGUAUUUUUGGAGAAAGUAAAAAUAUUUUAAUGACAGAGUGGAGGGAUGCAAGACGAAAGAACUGGCAGUGAUUUCAAAGAGAACCAGCUGGUGAAGAGGGAAGUGGAGGUGGUGCUGUGUGUUUGGGACUUGAGCAGAUUUAGGUGAAAUAAUAUUUUUGACACUUUUAAAAUACCUUUACUGCUAAAUGCAUGGUUGUGGCUGUCUAAAAUGGUUAGAUUCUGGUUUGUAUCAGGCAGAAUUGGUCAGAAGUCGUAUGAGGAGGGAAGUGACAUGAGUACGACGUGAGGUUUUUAUGGUACGACAGCUGCAGUGAAUUUCUCUUUUUUUCUGCUCUUGUUCUUGAAAGGAAUUACUUUCACAGUAAUCUGGAAAUAAAGAGAAAAGGGAUGAUGGUGAAGAAUGUGGUAAACUGGAGAAUCUUCUCCGAAAUCCUCGCUCCUCUGUUAACGAUUGAUCAUCGCACAGAAACCUUUUUUCUUGACGGGACUCAGGGAAGUGUGGCAAGGCAAGCGAAGUCAGUCUGAAUACUAAAUGUGAUGUACUGUGAUGCACCCAGGAGAUGUCUGUUUUGGGUUUCUGUGAAUCGGUGCAUUCUAGGUAAUGUUGGCUAGAAAUGCAGAGCUUUGAUCACCAGUGUUUUUAAUCCCCCACCCACCCAUCUCCCCCCUUUUUUUUUUUUUUUUUUAAGUUUUCACUGUGUAAAAAUAUUUUUACAGUAUCUAUAUCUAGGACUGAAGAAGACAGGUUUAUGACGGUAAGCCGAUGAUAGAGCGAAAUGUUAGAAUCUGUCGUAGACUAAAAGCCGCUCAGUAUUCCUAGCUUCUUGAUCACCUCAUGUAAAACAAAAAAUAAAGUUAAAAAAGGGACCUCACGACUAGCUAAUGUAGCUCAACAAGUAGGAAUCAUGUUCAUGAUUUUUUUUUUUUUUUUUUUUAACUCUUGUGUUAGCUUUAUUUUGUGUUCUGGUUGACACACAAAUAAUUAACCCUUUCAUGCUACAGCUGGCACGAUUUACCUUUUUAACUCCACAAUUAAGAUGAAUUUGUUUCUACUUUGUGAUUCAGUUUUGUGUGUAGGAUUUUAAUCGGGCCAUUUAGCAUUUUUGGCUGAUGAAGAAUUGUGAAUGUUAAUAAAAUUAUUUACUCUCUUAGUGGAA